AUGAGUCUAUCCCGUUUGGCUUCAGCUGUCACCACUAACUUCGCCAGACCUAGGUUCUUUUCCCAGACCGCCAGAAUGACUCAGGCUUUGGACGCUUCGCUUUUGAAAAUCACGAAAACCACCUCCCCCAAGGAGAAGCUCCCCAACGACCAGUUGGUGUUCGGUAAGACCUUCACCGACCACAUCUUGGAGAUCGAGUGGACCGCCGAGAAGGGCUGGGGCACUCCUGAAAUCAACCCUUACCACAACUUCUCCUUCGACCCCUCCACCAUCGUGUUCCACUAUGGUUUCGAGGCUUUCGAGGGCUUGAAGGCUUAUAGAGACGGUUCCGGCAAGGUCCGCAUGUUCAGACCCGACAUGAACAUGAAGAGAUUGAACAAGAGUGCCGAGAGAAUCGCCAUGCCCACUUUCGACGGCGAGGAGUUUGUCAAGUUGGUCAGCAAAUUCGUCGAACUCGACCAGGACUUUGUGCCCAGGGGUAAGGGCUACUCCUUGUACUUGAGACCCACCAUCAUCGGUACCUCUGCUACCCUUGGUGUUGCUGUUCCCGACAGAGCUCUUUUGUACGUUAUUGCAUCCCCCGUUGGUCCUUACUACUCCACCGGUUUCCAGGCUGUUUCCUUGGAGGCCACCGACUACGCUGUGAGAGCCUGGCCUGGAGGAGUUGGUGACAAGAAGUUGGGUGCCAACUACGCCCCAUGUGUCAAGCCCCAGUUGGAGGCUGCCAAGAGAGGCUACCAGCAGAACCUCUGGUUGUUCGGAGAAGAGGGCUACAUCACCGAGGUGGGCACUAUGAACGUGUUCUUCGUGUUCAAGGACCCCAACACCGGCAAGAACGAGUUGGUCACUGCUCCUCUUGAUGGUACCAUUUUGGAGGGUGUCACCAGAGACUCUGUGUUGGCAUUGGCCAGAGCCAGAUUGCCCCAGGACAAGUGGACUGUCUCUGAGAGAAAGUUCACCAUUCAGGAAGUCAAGGACCGUGCUGCCAAGGGCGAGUUGGUCGAGGCUUUCGGCUCCGGUACCGCUGCUGUUGUCUCUCCAAUCAAGACGAUUGGCUGGAAGGGUGAGGACAUCAGCGUGCCAUUGGCUGCUGGCGAUGCCGGUGAGUUGACUGUCGAGGUUGCCGAGUGGCUCAGAAAGAUCCAGUACGGCGAGGAGGAGUUCGACAACUGGUCGAGAGUUGUGGCUUAG